UUAAAAAGCGCGCUGAUGACGCCGCGGAGGAUUCAGCCAACGGGACUUUCUCUGCGUCUUCUUCUUCUUGUUCUUCUGCUUCUCGGGUUCCCGUUGGAUGCAAGGCAGAACGAAAGAGAGAGAGGGAGAGAGAGACAGAGAGAGACAGACAGACAGACGGAGAGGUUUCCAGCCAGAGAGCCCUCCUCAUAUAUCCAGAACACUGCACCUCUGUUCCGACGCAUCUUCAAGCCAAAGCUCCGGAGAGAAGCCAGCUGUCAGUUCUGUUCUGCUGCGGGUCCGGCGGGUUUUGGGGACUCUUAAGAAGCCGCUUUUACAACCACUGAACAGGGGCAACGAUGAAGAUGUUGCUUCCUCUGCUGAUCCUUCAGCUGCUCCUGGCUCCAGCAUUCAUGGUGCCCAGCGUGGAUCACUGGGACUCGUGGGGUCCUUACGGAGAAUGCAGCCGCAGCUGUGGCAGUGGCGUCACCAUGAGAACCAGACGUUGCAUAACUCACAGGACGGACGGAGGACACAACUGCGUCGGGCCUGACAAGUCCUUCCGCUCCUGUAACAUCCAGGACUGCCCGGAGGGAUCCAAGGACUUCCGUGAAGAGCAGUGCUCCCAGUUCGAUGGGACCGACUUCCAGGGCAAACGCUACAAGUGGCUCCCGUAUUACGGAGCUGAGAAUCCCUGCGAGCUGAACUGCAUGCCGAGAGGAGAAAACUUCUACUACCGCCACCGCAGGGCUGUGGUUGAUGGCACGCCCUGUCACCCAGGGCGGAGGGAUAUCUGUGUGGAUGGAGUCUGUAAGCGUCUGGGCUGCGACAACAUGCUGGAGUCUCCUCAGCAGGAGGACCCCUGCCUGCAGUGUGGGGGCAACGGCCAGUCCUGCUAUCAGGUCAAGAGCAGCUUCACCGUACGGGACCAACCGACUGGCUACAACCAGAUGUUCAUCAUCCCGGUCGGAGCCACGACCAUCAGCAUCAGAGAGACGGUGGCCACGCGUAACUACCUGGCUAUCAAGAACCUGCGUGGAGAGUACUACCUCAAUGGCCACUGGGUAAUCGAGUUUUCCCGUGCGACACCAAUCGCUGGCACCACGCUGUACUAUCAACGAGGAGCUGAGGGGGACAACAUCCCGGAGACCAUCAUUGGCCGCGGACCCACCACUGAACCGUUGGUUGUUGAGCUGAUCAGCCAGGAGCCCAACCAGGGCGUGGAGUACGAAUACUACCUUCCAAACGGACGCUCCAGAGAGGGCUACUACUGGAGCUUUGGAUCCUGGUCGGCGUGCAGCAAAGACUGCGGCUCAGGCUACCAGUCUCGGUUGGUCUUCUGCACCAUCGAUAACGAGGCCUAUCCCGACUACCUGUGCGCUUCUCUGCCGAGACCACAAACCAACCGCACCUGCAACCCCCACCCGUGCCCACAGAGCCGCAGCUGGAGGACCGGGGAGUGGAACACCUGCUCCGUCACCUGUGGCGGAGGCUCUCAGGUGCGCAGCGUGCAGUGCGUUUCCCAUGAUGCCUCAGGCCCCCGCGUGGUGGAGGACGCCGUCUGUGCCGCCUACGCCGAGGCUCCACCUUCUCUGCAGACCUGCAACAUGCACAAAUGCGCCGAGUACCGCGUGACUGGAUGGAGCGCGUGCUCCGUGACCUGUGGUCCAGGUCAACAGACCAGGGAUGUGACCUGUGUGGGUUCGGGUGGAAUGACGCUGGCAGAAACGUCCUGCAGCACCUUGCUCCGCCCGGCCGUGGUCCAGACGUGCGAGAUGGCCCCUUGCUCCAGACAGAUCAGCUGGCACGUCGGAGAGUGGGGACUGUGCUCUAGAAGCUGCGGCUCCGGCAGCAGAGAGCGUCAGGUGAUCUGCUCGGACCAGCAGAGGAACCUGUACCCCGUGGACCAGUGCAACGCCCACCCUAAACCCUCCACAGUGGAGCGCUGCAACACCCAGUCCUGCUACAACCCGCAGGCUGUUCCCAGCGUUCAGGACCCACGAGGACACGACAACACUCAGACUGGCUUCCAGCCCUACGUGCCAGAUCACGCUAUAGGCCGCAGGCCGGAGACGAGGGACCCGACCCAGACCAACACAGUCUACGACCCUCACAGCUCCUCCCUGGCCCUCCACUGCAGCCAGUCUCGCUACGGCUGCUGCCCGGACGGACGCGUCUCAGCCGGUGGUCCUCAGGGUCUGGGCUGCCCACAGGCUCCAGCUCCCACUGACGCCCAGCCACACUGCGCUAAGACCAGUUACGGCUGCUGCCAAGAUGGUGCGACGGCUGCCCAGGGUUACAACAGGGAGGGCUGCGUGGAGUAUGUGGCCCCUGCACCCACUGUUCGUCCUUCUCUUCCUACUGAGAAUGCGGUGCAGUGUCGCAUCACCACCUACGGGUGCUGCUUCGACCGCACCACACCUGCAGGAGGACCCAACGGAGAGGGCUGCCCCGACCCACCCCACCACAUCGAUCGCUCCAUCUGCUCCCUCCCCCGAGCCGCCGGCUCCUGCAGCAACUGGGUGCCGAGGUUCCACUUCGACGUCAUCACCGCCAAGUGCCUUCAGUUCUGGUACGGGGGUUGCCACGGCAACAGCAACAACUUCAUGACCCGAGCCGAGUGCCAGAGGGCGUGCCCUCAGGUGGCCGCGCCCGUCCAGCGGCAGGAAAACCCCCACGCGGGGGAAUCCACACCGGGAAGGGCCCCGUCCGGGGGGUCAACGGACGCGCGGUCACGCAACAUGGGGAGGAUCUUCACCGUCCAGGGCGGCUCCACCGGCACCGGCAGACAGGCCACGAGCGCGGCGACGCACGCCCACAGGGCCAGGGUCCACCUGAGGCCACGCCGGCCUUCCACCGCCACGGCCGUGCAGCACACCCUCCCAGCCGCGAGUUUGACCCUGGAAGGAGUAACCAUCGAUAAGGGCGACCCCUCCACCGUGGAGGCUUUGGUGGGACAGACGGUGGUGCUGCCCUGCAGAGUCAGCCCUCCGCCGUCGUCCACCGUCGUCGUGGAGUGGAGACGAGAAGGCGUCCAGCUGUCGACUCACAGGCACCGGCAGCAGCCCAACGGUUCCCUGUUAGUCGGACCUGUCACUACCUCGGACUCCGGCUGGUUCUUGUGUGUGGCCACUCGGGAACGGGAGCGAGACCACCGCUACAUUUACCUCUCUGUGUCAGGAUCACCUCUGCUGGAUCCUACCUCGCUUCCCCGAGACGGCCCCAUCCCGAGGUUCAGUAUCGAGCGCUCGGGCUCGUCUCUGGUGGAAAUGCGAGCGGGACAAACAGUCAGACUGCCCUGCACCAUCGUCCCUCCAUCAGCUCUGCAGUCGGUCGUCAUUCAGUGGACCAAAGACGGACAGAGCCUCAGUGACUCCAGGUUUACCAAGCACUCAGACGGCACCCUGAUCAUCGGCCCCCUGAAGAGCGACGACUCCGGCGUUUACACGUGCACGGCCUCCACUCAGCAGCAGCUGGAGCAGAGGCAGCUGCAGCUCAGGGUCCAAGCAGACCUGAAGAUCACCACUGCUCCCAAUAACAUCCAGGUGUCUGAAGGCAGCACGGCUCUGCUGCCCUGCGUCGUGUCAGGAGACAACGUCAAUAUCGGCUGGUCCAGGAAUGGCGUCCCGGUGCGUCCCAACGGCCGCGACAUCCUCUUGUCGUCCGACGGCAGCCUGGUCCUAAAUCACGUGAAGCCUUCGGACGAGGGCACCUACACCUGCAACGCCUACACCGGCAUCUACUCCGUGAGCGCCACGGCUGAAGUGAGAAUCAUUAAAGACACGCAACAAGGCGUUGACGUGCCUCCAGAGUGCGUGGACCAGCCCGAGCUCGCCAACUGUGAGCUGAUCGUUUACGCCCGGCUCUGCUCCAACUCCUACUACUCCAGUUUCUGCUGCGCCAGCUGCACCAGGCACUCAAUGAAGAACGACAGGUACCGUCGGUAUGGGCUGAGGCCAAACAGGAUGUAAUUACUGCUAACUGUGGGAGGAGGAGGAGGAGGAGAAGCUUUGGACUGCAUUUUAACUGCUGCGUUUUUGCCAAAAGGACUCAAAACACUGACCAUGCUGUGCAGAAAUUUAUCAGUGCAUUAAGAAAAGGGACAGAUUACUGUAGACGUAGUUAUAAAGUAUCUGAGGAAAUAAGUUAUUCACCCACUGGACCUGUGUUCUCUGUUUUCUAGAGAAUCACGAUGAUUUUUUACUGUUCAGGUUUUUAUUCAGAGGAUAUUUUUUUGUUUGUUUGUUGGUGAUUCACUGAUACGUCCUUCAUUUCAACGUCAUAUUGUUUAUUUUUAUGUAAUAAUUUGAUAAUAAAAGUACUAUUUUGAUAAAAAAAAAAAAAAA